CUCAAGUCGUAGCUAAAGAGCGAUUUUUGAAAUGGCAUUUGCUCUCUUGAAACAUAACCUCUACAUUUGCCCGCUUCACCAUUUUUGCUGAACUAAACGAUCAAUCGCAAUCACGAUUUUGACAUCUCUUGUUGUUUUGUCAUCGUAGAAGAGCGAUUUUUCUGUGGCUUAUCAGUUUUGUUACUGACUAUCCAAAAUGGCAUCGGCUUUGGAAUCCAUGGUGGUCGAUGAGAAACAGCUUCCUGAGAAGCCGGUAGAUAGAGAAAAGACAUGUCCGCUUCUACUACGAGUAUUCUGCAAUACCGGACGUCAUCAUAAUAUAAUGGAAUACAGCAGAGGGAACGUCCCUUCGAAUGAGUUGCAGAUAUACACAUGGAUGGAUGCAACUUUGCGAGAAAUUACAGGCUUAGUUAAGGAAGUGAACCCGGAUGCUCGUAGCAAGGGAACGUACUUUGAUUUUUCAUUAGUGACUCCUGAGCUACGCAAUUCUGGUUAUCGCAUGCGUGAGAUUGGUGUUACUUGUUCUGGGCAAAAAGGCGCCGAUGAUAAUAAAACACUUGCACAAGCUAGGUUUACAAUAGGAGAUUAUCUGGACAUAUCAAUAACCCCACCAAACAGGAUGAUGCAACCAGCUGUUAGACGUGGUGGUUUACGUCAAUAUUAAUAUAUCAACUUAAAUAAUGAUAAGAAUGUCUCUUAUAAAUAAUACAUAAAUAUAUAUGUCACUGUAGAAUUCCAUACAAGACUUCCCAAACUUUUGUAUCUUUGAAUGAUUCAAAUAAAAAUGUUCACUUGAAAUUCUA